AUGCCUACUUCACCGCUAGACGAAGAACAAGCCCGUGCUAUGGAUUAUAUACUUCAACGUAUAGGAAACCAUGAGACAGAGCCGGUAUACUUCUUCGUCACUGGGUACCCUGGAGUUGGCAAGACAAAGUUGGCGACCGCGCUGAUCAACGCUUUACAACCACAGAAGGAGGUCAUUGCAUUAGCCUGGAACGCCUUGUCGGCAAGAACGGUCGGGGGUCAAACGGUGAUGGAAUUCUUCAGCCUCCCGUUUGACCAGUCCGGAAUAGUCGCUGAUAAUGCAUACAUGCGAUCCGAGAGGGCGCUCACGGAUAAGAUGAUGAAUUGCCUGAAAACGGAAAGGCGCCAGAGGAUCGCAUCCGCAAACGUGGUUCUACUCAUCGAUGAGAUUUCCGCUAUACAUAGUACAGUUUUUUGUGCUAUCAGCGAAGUUUUCAAGCGCAUACGUAACGAUGAUGGAAAACCCUUCGCCGGCGUUCCAACUCUGCUAUUCGGCGAUUUCCUACAACUGGGAAGAGUCGAAUUCUGUGAUACAUCUCAAGAAUUUCCCGCGGAAGAGUUCAAGACCGGGCCGUGUUGGGACACCUCCACUUGGCUAAGCAUGGAACCGGUGACAAUCUAUCUUACUCGCUUCCACCGUGGAGCUGACCAAGGCUAUUUGAACAUGCUGUCCGAAAUCAGGAGGGGCGAGCAGUGGAGGCCUGGCGUGCCUAAGUUCAGUAAGGAAUCGUUGGAAGUACUUCAAAAUAUAAGAGAUCGAGAUGGAGGAGAAGCAGCACCACU